UCCAAUGCGGAGUUCACAGCAACUUGACCAACGAAACAUCAACCAUGUCCAGUCCGAUUGAAGUGCUCAUCUUUGGCGCCGGCGCCGUGGGAGCCUUCUACGGUUCCAGACUUGCACAGGCUCCCAACGUCAAGGUGUCGUGCGUCUGCCGAUCGAACUACAAGGCAGUUGCUUCCAAUGGCUUCUCGGUCAGCUCACCGCAGUACGGCGACUACAAAUGGAAGCCGACACGAGUAUUUGCGAAUCCGAAAGAGGCGGAGGCUAGUGGCGUCAAGUGGGAGUAUAUCGUCGUCAGCACAAAAGCGCUGCCAGAUGUCAGCGACGAUUCGAAGCAGCUGGAGGGACUGGUCCAUGAUAAGACGGCCGUCGUACUGAUACAGAACGGCCUCGGUGUCGAAGAUGCAUAUGCGAAACGCUUCCCCUCUGCCUCGAUACUAAGUGCCGUCACGGUCGUGUCAGCUGCACAAGAGCAACACGGCGAAAUCAAGCACAACCGCUGGACGCGCAUCAACAUCGGCCCCUACCUCCCAGACUCGGCCUCCUUGAACUCGUCCGACGCCGAACAACGGAACAACAAGUUCGCUCAACUCUUGCAGCAAGGCGGGGUGAAAGACGCGGAAGCCUACACACAUGCCAAACUCCAGCUCGUCCGAUGGCACAAGCUCGCCAUCAAUGCCAGCAUGAACCCCAGCAGCGUUCUCAGCAACGGCAGCACCAAUGCAGAGAUGGCAAAGGACGAUGAACUCUCCCGUCAUCUGGCUGGAGUCAUGGCCGAGAUACUGACGACAGCACCCAAGAUCAUUGGACACGACUUCCCGCCCGAGUUCGCCAGUGCCGACAAGUUGCUCGCCAGUACGAGAAAGAACACAUCCGGUAGCAGGCCGUCCAUGUGGCUGGACUGGGAGGCAGGCAAGAAGAUGGAACUGGAAGUCAUACUAGGCAAUCCUAUCCGCAUUGCUAGAGAGAAAGGUUAUGAGAUGCCGAGGUUACAGACCUUGUAUGCAUUGCUGAAGAUGGCUCAAACGAACAGGGACAAGCAACAGGCCAAGGCAAAGUUGUAAGAGUUGAAUUUGAUUGUAGAUAAAUCAUUUUAUCCUCGUGAGACUAUUGUGCAACUCUUUUGUGAUGCG